UUUUUUAUUAAACAAAAAGAAAAUAUCAGGGUAAUAACAGAAGGGCACACGGAAGUUGCUUGCGUUUGUGUUGUUUGGGUUUAGGUGCGACGUAGAAAAGAAGAUAUGGACUUAAUUGAAUUAUGGGCAAUUUUCGGCCCCGGCGUCGCCGGCGCAGUCUUUGGCGCCGGCUGGUGGAUCUGGCUCGACGCCGUCGUAUGCAGCUCAACCACCGUUCCCUUCCUUCACUACCUCCCUGGAAUUUUUGCAUCUCUUGCGGGUUUGAUGUUCAAUUGCGUUAGAAAAGAAGACAUUGAUUAUUCUCCUUAUGACGAAGGAGAGUGGAGACUGAAGCUGUGGCUCUUCAUCGCAUAUGUUGUGUCCUUUGUUUCUUUAGCUGGAUCAGCGGGUCUACUGAUCCAAGAUUCACUUGACAAAUCUGCCCCAUCAGUAUGGACUGGAGUUGCAGGCGUUUUGCAGUGUGUUUUUGUCUUAAUCAGUGGACUGAUUUAUUGGACUUCUCAUCCUGAAUAAGGUGAACCAAGAUAUGACUUGGAGCUUCACAUUAUACCAGUUUAUGACUUCUUACCCAUGUGCCAUUUUCGUUAUUUAAUGUGGUGAGAUAUAGCUGGUUUCAUGUAAAUCAGUAAAUGUAAAUUGUCCUAACAACCUUGAGCCACUGAGUAGAUUUAUAUUACAUGUUUCACAUUAUUAAUCAAUUUCUGCUAUCCAAUGUAAUUUCAGUCGCGUGGUGGUUUUUACACA